UAUUCUUUCCGACACGGCUGGCGAGUGUUUCGUUCCUAUGAUGACAAGAAAAUGAUUUCCUAGCUUCACAUGACAAAAUAACCCAUUACAUUUCCAUUUAUCCCUUUACAUUAUGACAGGGUUUUUACAUAUACUGCACCCUGCGUUUGUGGUGAUAUUCAUACUGUACGUGUCGGACAGCUGGAGUGUGUCUCCUGUGACAGCACACGAGAGCGAUGAGCUGCCAGAGUUCAAGCUGUCAGAGGACGCGGUCUCCGACCUCGAGAACAGCCCCAAGUUUGUGGAGACAGAAGACUUGGAGGCUCUGCCCAAGAGGCAGUUCAAGACAGCUGAGAUCGCAGAUGCGGUGAUGGGGACAGAAACUCCCAUCGAUCCCUCUGAUAUCGAGUCCCUCUUCCCCAAGAAUGUGAAAGACUUCCAGUCAGGCUUCUCGCCGCCAUGCGAUGAGAACGAUGCACAGUGCGGCACGCUGAGUCUGUCUGCUGAUGAGGCGUCGCUGGAGGAGAGCCCAGAAUCAUCCGAGCAGGUGACUCUGGACUUGGUGCACAUCACACCUGAGGAGCAGAAUUCAACAGAGACCACCAAGACUUACAAGGUCAGCUGUGACAAGAGGAACACCACGGGGAUAGACAAAUUCACCGUGCAGGUCCUCAACGCCUCACAGGACCUGAUGGAGUUCCUGAACGCCAACAGCACAGAGUGCUCGGUGGUUUUGUUCUUCACUACCUGGUGCCAGUUUUCAGCCAACCUGGCCCCUCACUUCAAUGCACUGCCCCGAGUUUUUCCCAGCAUGCACUUCCUAGCGCUGGACGCUUCUCAGCACAGCAGUCUGUCCACACGGUUUGGGACUGUGGCGGUGCCCAACAUCCUGUUGUUCCAGGGGGUCAAACCCAUGGCCCGGUUCAACCACACAGACAGGACACUGGAGACACUCACCUCUUUCAUAGCCAACCAGACAGGUUUUGAAGCGAGUCCCGACAGAAACGUGACAGACGCAGACCGGCUGGGCCCGCUGCCCAGCGUCCCGGUGAAGAGCAUCGACUGGCUGCUGGUCUUCUCCAUCCUCUUCAUCACUGGAUUCACUCUGUACGCCAUCCUGCGCACCGACAGCAUCCGCUGGCUCAUACCGGGACAGGAGCAUGAGCACCAGGACUGAAAACACACACAGACUCUGAAGUGAAUUGGAUGUAAAUAAUUGUUUGAUACAUGAUUUAAUGUUACUGAAACUAACAGCUGUUUAUUUGCUCAUGUUUCAAGUGCCGGCUGAUUGCAAAUAAUUUAUGUGAGGCUAACAUGCUCUCUGUGAUUUGCAAUGCAUUUUUAUGGUUUGCAGUCAAUGCAAAUGAGUUUGUAAAGAAUUAAAACCACUGGAUUAAGACCAUG